GCCCCUAGGCAAGUGACGCGUGACCGUCGCGACGGAGGCCGCCGCAGGUGGCAUCGCAGGGCUCUGAGUUUCGCCAGUCGGCUUCCUCCGGGAAGCCCGCCUGGAUUGAAGGAGACAACUUUUAAUCCAGAUGUGUGUUCACUCAGACGUUCUGGGAUAUAUGAAAUAAGUGAGGAACUAAUCACUUGGAAACUGUCCGAGGCAGCACUGGCUGGUGAGACCUAGAGUUUCUAUCUGGCGCCGCCACUGACUAGCUUCUAGACUUCGGGGGAAGCACUUGAUACCUUCGGGCCUCGGUUUCUCGUUUGCAGUCAGGGCGCACAGCAUGGCGGAAAAUCGAGAGCCCCGCGGGGCCGUCGAGGCUGAGCUGGACCCGGUGGAGUAUACCCUUCGGAAGCGGCUCCCCCACCGCCUGCCCCGGAGACCCAAUGACAUUUACGUCAACAUGAAGACUGACUUUAAAGCCCAGCUGGCCCGCUGCCAAAAGCUUCUGGACGGAGGGGCUCGGGGUCAGAACUCAUGCAGUGAGAUCUACAUUCAUGGCUUGGGCCUGGCCAUCAACCGUGCCAUCAACAUUGCUCUCCAGCUUCAGGCUGGCAGCUUCGGGUCCUUGCAGGUGGCUGCCAAUACCUCCACCGUGGAGCUCGUCGAUGAGCUGGAACCAGAGACUGACACCCGAGAGCCGCUGACCCGCAUCCGCAACAACUCGGCCAUCCACAUCCGUGUUUUCAGGGUUACACCCAAGUAACCCAAAUGAGGACGGCGUUGUCCACCUACCCCCAGGUAGCUAGGCUCAGAUGUGGCUCUCCUUGUACUGAAUGUGACCAUGGACCUCCUACCAGAGCCACGUAAGAGAAAGCCCGUUUCCCUUACAACCCAGAGGACUCUGAACUGAGGGAAAGAGGAUUGUCUCUUGUUGGGCCCAAGCCGUGGGUCUUACCGUCUUUGUGGUCUGUAAGCUUUGUCAUCGACAAUAAAAAAUACCAAGUUGUGUUAGUAUGCAGCUACCCCA